CCGGUGCACAACGAAGGGUACAGUUUUGUUGUUUGUACAAGUAAGCUGGAGUUGUAUGGGUAUUUUUGUAAACGACGACACAAAGCUAACAUGUCAAUUGUUUCUGUGUUUGCUUCUGUGGAAUUUGACACAUACCACACGAUCCAUUCGUGAGCUUUCUCCAUUCAAUACAGAUGCCAGCGUCUUGGCAUUGCCUGGCAGCUUGCUCCAGAGAGGAACAGGCAAAGUCUGUGUGCCUGCAUGAAUCAAACUCGCAGUUCUUCUUUAGAAGUUGCAGAUCAACAAGCUGGCUGCAGCUGUCAAACACUCUUAAAAAAAAACAGAAAAUAAAAAAAACUGUAUUAUUAAUAGUUGGAGUAGCGUAGGGCUGCAACUAGCAAUGAUAUAUUCUGAAGCUUGUUUUUUUGCUCACUUUGUCGCGGUUUUUCAAAAAUUAAUUAAUCGUCGUUUCGUGGUUGACUACCGCGUAUUAUUAGUCAAAAAUGCAUAGUUAACCAAAUUGUACAUAUUCUUGGCCUAAAUGAAGUAUAUUCAAGCAUAAAAAUGUUCUAAAUGAACUGAACUACAAGUAUAGUUUAGGGCUAUACAAGACGUCGAUGAGCUGCCACUAGGUGUCACAUAUCUUAACAGCAAUAAACGAGGGAUUACUGUAUAUUGCUAUAUUUAUUUUCGUAAUAGUUGCUAUUCUAGUUGUAGCUUGCUACUACUAAUACUGCCAAAUGUGUUUGUGUGUUAAUGCAUGGAACCUACGGGUGAUCCAGAAGUUGACAUAACCAGUUCUCCUGGCAGGGAGUGGUGGGACUGGGUGUCGGCCAUGGGUUACAGGGGAUAUUUUUUGGUGCACAAGCUGGCUUUAUUGGAUCCGUAUACACCCAAUCAUAGGCUGUCUCAUCACAGCAGUCAUCGUUUUCGAUCUGCCCCCCUGUGCGGAUGCAUGAUUCCCCACCGCAUACUCCUGGAAGCAAAUGUGAGCUGAAUUAAGUGAAUGCAAGUCCAAAUUAAACAUCACAUUCCAUUCAAACCCACCACAUUGCCCCUGAGUGUUCAUCAGGAAGUGCUCCAUCGCCAAAUUGACCACCACUGUGUAGUAUGGCGUGAGGGAGACAUAAGAGCGUACCUGUGGAAGGUACACUGACACCACGUACUCUGUGGUCUCAAACCUGAACCCAUGCUCUUCAUAUGGCGGCUCUAUGGUCAGAGUGUUCAAGGUAGCCUAUAAAAGACAAUAAUAUUGGCCUCUGUCAGGGUUUCUGCGCUCUUCUAGCCAAUUAGAGACAGUGGAUCAAUCAUACCCGAACUGCCGACUCUCCUGGCAUGACAGUAAGCCUUGCUGUGUUGUUGUUAUAGUGCAGUAUGAUGCCUUUAGCACAGGAGCCGUGGAGGUUACAGUCAAAGUUGUCCACGGCGACGGUGAGGUGAUGGCGCGGCCACGUCUCCUCCACCAGGGUGUAGGUGCACUCGUCCAGGAAAUCAAAGGGAACGCCUGUGAAGGAGAUGUAGUGGGGGUCUCCGUAGAUGUCACAGACACCUAAAAGACACAGAAAUACUCAUUUUACAGGAGUGCUCCAUUAUGUUAGAAGAAUGUUUUUGCUGUUAAAGAGAAUAUGGUGAUAUUUGGAUUUCAGUUUAAGCUAAAUUAGUAAUACCUCCAAAUACAGUUGUUCAAGUUCGAAAACUGUUUUCCCAGAGGAAAUAUAUCAUAUUUGCACAAAAUGAUUCCUUUUAGUGAGUGCAGCAUGCUUUAUUCAUAUGAUGUCCUUAGCCUUCGUUAUCUGAUUUUACCAGAAUCCUUUACGUAUAAGUCCUCCACAAGCUUAUCACCUGAUUCAAAUAGGCUUUGAUGACUGGGCAUGAGUUUGCCCUUCACCGUCUCUCUCUCUCACAGGAGUAGAUCACCCCUCCCCUCGCAUAUGUUGUAUCCACUACUUGACAAGAAACAGUAAGAUAGCAGUACAGAUACAGUCACAUGGUACCCUUUAUAGGUAUUACUGGCAUUCAAAAAUGUAAUAACUGUAUUGACGGUCUGCAAACAUCUGUUUGAUAUGAUUGAUUUCCUGUUUUAUGGCUAUCAUCAGACUUUUCAUCUUUGCCCUCACUUGGUAACACGAGCAAAGAAUCCCAUAAGAAAAGGCAAAACACACUUUUAGUUGUUCACGGAGCAAGCUUUUAUCAUGAUGCUUUUACAUUUGAGACGUAUUUUUCCAGAAAAAAUUGGUUAACCCCAAAUUGGAUCACUUUUAGCACCGUCGGAGGUCCUACAAGGCUUCACUGCACCUUUUAAGGUUAAUGGCUUGUCCCUAUUUUUGUCCACUUGCAACUUACGGUUCGGGGGAUUCCUGUAACUUGCUGGACUUGGAAAAGUUACAAAAAUGAGCCCUAUAUGCUUGAAAUACAUGACUUUUUCUGGGAUUACUACCUCAGCUAGAAACAUUGUUGUGAUAAAAUUGCUUACAGUCGCAUGUCCAUGUCUCACAGCAUCCAUCCGAGAUCUUCACAGCUUUCCCUCUGGGACAGAUGGGGAUUUCAGUCUCUGGACAAACCACCGGAGUCAUCUCUAUCUUGCCAUCAGUGCAUUUCUUAUGGAAGCAGUCUUCGGUCCAUGUUUCACCAAAAAUCCACCUUUUGUUUCUUCUCAGGUCUACGCAUUCACCCACUAGUAAAAUGGCAAAAGGACAAAACAUCCUGUUAUACUACCAGUUAACAUAAUUUAAGAAAAAGAUUCAUUUUUGUUUUCAAAAUAGUUUUUUUUCCUAAAACAGGUCUCGAAAAAAGAGGGGUGAUCUUAUAUUCAGGGUUGCAGCAUGUGGAUUGAUGAUGUUCAACCUGGCGUUGUGGCGCUUUGUGAGUUUGUUGGUUGCAGUGUAGUAGGCGGAACACUGGUUGUCGUCCUGUUUGGAAUCGCUGUUGGUUCUGUGUUUGUGGUGUCCCGGCUUGUCUGGUCUGUCCAUGAGGUUUCUGUAUUUGCGUGCAUGGAUGUAAUAGUCGAAGGUGCUGUAGGAGUCGAUGGAUGCUCAGUUGAAGACGGGGGUUGUGUAGUAGAUACUGGCGCUACUGUAAAAGCAAAAUAAAAAACGCCCUUUAAACGCCACGUGAAUUGGAUAAUGAAUAAUUAUGAGGACUUACCACACUUGAUUGUCCCAUUUACACAAACGCUGACAGGAACAGGACACAGGGCAGUUACCAAUGCAGUAAAAUAUUUAGCCAAUGUGCUAAAACUUACCAUUCAUUUUUUUGUAUCAUCACUACACUCUGUGACUGGAUAACAGUGUUAUUAAAAUAGCAGGUGCAGCUUCUCAGUUGGGUGCAUUCACCUCUAUUUUCAUCAUAAUAUGGAGCGUCUGCCGGACAUCUGGGAUAGCAGCCUAUUACACACACAUACAAAGCCAUGAUUAUUUUCUAACCAUUGUUUUUUUUUAAUAUUAAUUACCUUCCAGCUUGAGUGAGAAAUGGUUGCCUUUGCCACAGGUUUGGGCUUGUCCACAGGCUUCAUAGUGCCAGGUACACUGGUCCUGCUCAUUGUAGUAGUCACAGUAAACCGCUGAAGAAACACAUUAAAGCAGUAAGCACUGUAGGACCCCCUCUACAGUUGUGGAGUGCAAUUUAUCUUUAAGCAGCUGUGAUUACCGCAUUGACCUGCAUAGAAGAUUAUUUUUUCCUUGGAAAACAAGUCUGAAAAAGAUGGAUCGUCUUAUAUUUGGAGUCUACAGAUGAUAACGAUGAUGAAAUGAUCAUUAUAAAGCAUACAGAUGUGUGAGUGACCUCUUUCUGUCACUCACACACAACAGUGACCUGGAGAAAGGCCGACGAAAUGUGUUGCAAAGUAAUUUUCUUCUUGAAAAAGAGGGUUUUAUUUGGGAUUUACAGAUUUCUACAUGUUAACAGACAGGUGGCACCAAAUGUGUUCUCCUCAACCGAGUCAGCGCUUUUCUUCCUGUCACUCACACACACGUCUUACAAAAUAGUUUUCGUCUUGAAAAAGAGGGGUCGUCUUAUAUUUAUGGUUGUGUUAUAUACAGUACAGUAAUAAAGUUUUGUUGUAUUUAAGUAGCUGUGAUUACAAUGACCUGAAAAUGUUUUUUCCCUGAGAUAAAAGUAUGUUAAAGACGGGUCAUCAUAUAUUCGGGGUCUAGACAUUCAUACAUUCAUCACGCGGACAAAUGACUUCUCCCCAAGUGAGUCAGGGCUUUUCUUCCUGUCACUCACAGUAGUGACCUAGUGAGAUGCACCUGAAAUUGUCUAAGAAAUAUUUUUCUCUUGAAGAGGGUUCGUUUUAUAUUCAACGUCCUCUUAUAUUCAGGUCAACAUGGUAAUACAAGCAGACAGUGGUAUACAUGCAUUUUUAAGCAGCAUAGACAUGGUUCCAAGGGGUAAAUGAUUACUUACGACACAAAUCCGGCGUUCUCCAUUUCACGCAGACGUCUUUGUCACUGCAGGCUUCUGCGUAGGCUGCUACAGCCGUGCAGAAGCCAAGGAACUUCCCUUCAAACUCACAGGAGCAGGACUCCUCCACACAGCUGUGAUAGUACGGCUCUGGGUCCACCUAAAGUUUGGAGUGACAACGGUAUCGUAUGAGACUUUAAAAGCAAUUGUAUUGUCAGCAAUCCUACUUUGAGGUGGCAGUCUCUGAAGGUGUCUCCAGUCAGGAUCAUGCAGCGCCGCUGGGCCCAUGCCAAGCAGUAGGAGUUGUGUUCGCACGGGAAUACGUCAGUGGUCACAUCCGAACACGGAUGUGUGGCUGUUUUCCAGCUGUUCCCAAAGGCAAGGGGGCUUGCCGUAACUGAAGGCAAGUACGCCAGUGUUAAAGUACUACAUGAUCAAAUCGAUGCAAGAGACGAUUUACCUGCAGCGCUAUGUGUUUCAAGGUCAUUCAUCUCAUUGGAGUCAAGGUUUCCGCAAAGGCCGCAUACUCGACUCUAGGAAUGGAAGUCAUUUUUAAAAUUGUAGUGCUGUCAUCUGUGUUCCAUACUGUGUUAUCCAUAAUUAUCUCUCACCCUCCAGGUAGAAGCCAGUUCUACAGUGAUGCGAGUGUGUUUGUCCCAGAUGAGAGUCAUGUCUCUGCUUGGCACCAAGAUCACCACAUAGAGUCCAACGGUGUGUGUUGUGUAAAGUGAACUCUCCAGCAGAGACGAGGCCUUAUAGAGCAAGAAGAGCUGCAUGUGGGAGUGAUGAAGAAGGUUCACCUUUAGCUCCAGGGUGACUGUGCGAGAGCAGGUGCGCUGAUGUAGAGCUGUAUCUCAGGUGACAUCUGUACUUGCAUCUCCAUACCAAAGGAUGUGCUCACGUGCACGUAUGUGGACGAUUGCCAGAAAACGGUGGCGUGAUCUGCAGGGGAAAGGAAAUAAGAAGACAUGUUUCCUCAAGAACGCCGGUGCUCUAAAACUGGUACAUCAUGCCAGGUGACAGUCAGAGGAAGAAGCAUGCUCCUCAGCCUAGUGUAGAUGCCGUACUGGAAGACAUGCUGGAUGCUUCCAUUCAUCAAGACUGUUUGGACUUUAUUGAUGGUGAUCUCCACUUGUACCAGGAGCCCGUUGUCUCCCCGCCGAGUGCUGAUAUCACAAUCCACGCGGUUGUGCGUGAAGUGGCUGAGGGUGACUCUGCAGGUGGAUCGCAGGUAGUAACUUGAACCGCUGAACGGUUGCACCACACCACUGCCAAAUGUCCUGCAAGUGACUGACGACAACAGAGGCAGGACCACGGGGAUGAGACGGACUGAUGCACGCCGCGCAACUUUGCUCAACACGGCGCAAUUCUCUUCUCAGUCUGCUCAGUGAGUGUAAAGUGCACAAAAAGGCUUGAUAGUGACGUGUCGCAGUUGGAUUUUUCCCCUAUGUCGCGAAAGCAGGCGGACCAUGACUACAACCUCCGGAGUAUGAGCAACCUGAUGGGCGAACGCUGGAGGAAAGUGAACGAUGGAGGAGAGCGGAGUCUCAUCAAGGCUCCAUCCAACGCCAGCAUCAGCAGCCUGCAGGUGGCCUCUUCCUCCAGCGCCCCGGCAGCCUCCUCCGCCUCGUCCACCUCCACCGGGGACCUGGAGAGGGCUGCGCGUAAGCAGUUCCAGCAGGAUGUCACACCCGGCUUCGUCUAUGUCCUCUCCGCCUUCUCCGCCCUGGGAGGGUUCUUGUUCGGCUACGACACCGGGGUGGUCUCCGGGGCGAUGCUGUUGCUUAAGCGGCAGCUGCAGCUGAGCGCACUGUGGCAAGAGUUGCUGAUCUCAAGUACUGUGGCCGCGGCCGCCUUGGCUGCCCUCCUGGGCGCCUUCCUCAACGGGCUCUUCGGGCGCAGGGUGUGCAUCCUCCUGGCCAGCUUCUUCUGCACCGUCGGCGGGAUCGUGCUGAGCACUGCCCCCGGGAAGGAGGUGCUGCUGGCGGGAAGGCUCGUUGUUGGAGUUGGGCUGGGCAUCGCCUCCAUGACGGUGCCCGUAUACAUCGCCGAGGCCUCGCCGCCACACCUCCGUGGCCAGCUGGUGACCGUUAACACCCUCUUCAUCACCGGCGGACAGUUCACCGCCAGCCUCAUCGACGGCGCCUUCAGCUACGUGCAGCACGACGGCUGGAGGUACAUGCUUGGCCUGUCGGUGGUGCCCGCUGUUCUCCAGUUUGUAGGAUUCCUCUUCCUGCCUGAGAGCCCUCGCUGGCUGAUCCAGCGCGGGCUGACCCAGAAGGCCCGCCGGGUGCUCAGCCAGAUACGGGGAAACCAGAACAUCGACGAGGAGUACGACGGCAUCAAGAACAGCAUCGAGGAAGAGGAGAAGGACGGUGGAGGAGAUGGCCCCGUGAUCUGGCGCAUGCUGACCUAUCCCCCCACGCGCCGGGCUCUUCUGGUGGGUUGUGGCCUCCAGAUGUUCCAGCAGCUUUCUGGAAUCAACACCGUCAUGUACUACAGCGCCACCAUCCUGCAGAUGUCUGGCGUGCGGGAUGACCGCCUUGCGAUUUGGCUCGCCGGUCUCACCACACUCACUAACUUCCUGUUCACGCUGCUGGGAGUGUGGCUGGUGGAGAGAGUGGGCCGACGGAAGCUCACGCUGGGCAGCAUCGUAGGUACAUGUCUCAGCUUGUGUGUGCUUGCUGUGGGCUUCCUUCUGUCAGCGCAGCACAGUCCUCCUGUCACCUUCCAUCCAUUAGAGCCGUCUAUGGCCAACACGACCUGCUUCAAGUAUCAGCUGUGUGAGCCGUGCAUGCUGGACCCGGCUUGUGGCUUCUGUUAUGGUGAGAAUGGCUCGGUGCUGCUCACCUCCUCCUGCGUUCCAGUCAAUAGGGCCUCCACUGAGCAGGCGGCAUGGGGCAGGUGUUCCAAUUCCAGCCAGAUGAAGGAACACACUUACUGGGCCUACAACUACUGUCCCACCUCCUUCUCCUGGCUGGUCUUAUUAGGAUUGAUGCUCUACUUGGCUGCUUUUGCUCCUGGUAUGGGUCCCAUGCCCUGGACUAUCAACUCAGAGAUCUACCCUCUAUGGGCGAGGAGCACCGGCAACGCAUGUGCGGCCGGAGUCAACUGGACCUUCAAUGUCCUGGUUUCACUCACCUUCCUCCACUUGGCUCAGUACUUCACCUACUACGGAGCGUUCUUCCUCUACUCCAGCAUGGCACUCCUGGGCUUCAUCUUCGUCUACGGCUGCCUGCCUGAGACCAAAGGCCGGCGUCUGGAGGAGAUCGAAGCGCUGUUCGAGAACCGGCUCUGCUCGUGCGGCGCGUCCGAUUCGGACGAGGGGCGUCAGGUUGAGUACAUUCGGGUUAAGGGGUCAAACUACCAUCUAUCAGACAACGACGCGUCUGACGUAGACUAGACAUGUCAAAGAAAACACGCACAGGGUGCUCUUGAUUUUAAUUGCGAGCUGAGAGCCUCUGGUUGACCUUGUGAAUGUUUAUGUUCUCAGUUUCUCCUCUGAAUUGAAAUUUGGUGGACAAAUCUCAAAUAACGCACCACACUAUGUCAGCAACAAAUAGGGGUUGUGUGUCUUCCUCAUGGACACUUGAACAAACAAUGGCAACCAUAAAAGGGACAAUAGCUCUCUCUUAACGCCUCUAUUGAAGGAUAAUAGUCGAUCAUUUUGCUCAAGUUGUCCAUAUCAACAUCUCUUUUCAAAUGUAAGCUCGUAGCACAGUCUUAUUAUUUUGGGUCGCUCCCAGCUUCUAUUUUUAUGAGACGUAUAGUGACAGUGGGUGGCUGCAAACACCAAACUAGUAGCACUAUAAGGACUGCUGCUGAGAUCUCUUCUUCUUUCAUUUGCCUUCAUUACAUGUACAGCAAGUAUUAUGAGCCGCAUUUCCAAAUCCAGUACUUCAUCCGGUAUUUAAGAUUAGAAUCGUGCCUGGUGUUUUGUGACGGGUGCCCCCUCAGCCCAUAAAGUGCACAAGGAUGUGGAAUAUGUUAUGAUCAUUAUUUUUUUACCUUUACAUGUCUAUGAUUAAGUUUUCUACUUUUUGGUGGUGUUGUCUUCCACCGCAGCCUUACGUACAAAAAACAUCAUAUUUAUGUGAUUUGUGUCUCAUAAUGAUCAAUAGGUAGACUUUAACGCACUAGUAGAUGGUUUUCUGCUCAGUAAAAACUAGUUUUAAUGUUAAAUGUCAGAGCAGAUGUCCCUUAAUUAACUGUCUUUAAGUGUCACUCUACUGGCAGACUAUGAUUUUACCCAACCACUGCAAAAUACUGUCUCAGAAUUCACAAUAACCCAGUAUAAUGAGCUCCAAUAGAGAAGCUAGAGCAACAAUAUAUGUAUUAUUCGCAAUGAUAACGAUAAUAAACAUAUUGUUACAUGAAUGCCUAAGAGCAGGUGUACCUAAUGAAGUGUCCAGUGAGUGUAUAUUAAGGAUAACUCUUCAUUUUAUGAUAGGAUUCAAUAAGUUAUGCAACAUUUGUCAUAUUUAUAGUGGGGGGUGUCCAAUUUGAAGUCAUCAGUCAUAAAAAUGCGUUAUGUUGUUCAGGAUUGUUUUUAAGAAUAAUGAUAAUUUUGUACUUUUAUGAGACGUUUCCAUUUCCAAACUGUGCAACUGGUGACCAAAUAUUGCCGUGAUUGUUCCGGACUGCACUUUGUCACAAUGUGCUGUGUUUUCGCGGUUGUGUUACAGCUGUCCACCUGUGGACACUUAUUGUGUACUUCUGGUGACAUCAUGUGUGUUUCUACAGUUUUCAAUGAAGUAGAAAAAAGACUAAUAGAGUGAUGUAUAGUAUAUUUAUUCAUUAUCGUCUGAGCUGUACAUGUUUUGCGAGAGUUUAUAUUCUAUUAAAAAAAUAUCUUGAGUGUACAAAGGGAAUGAAAUAAACCGCAGAAUCGAUAACGCUUCGGAGUUUUUAUUUCACCAACAGGAGGUUAAUACGAUUCAUUUAGGACAACAUGCACGGAGCAGGUAUGUCAUCUUUACCAUCAUCAUUCCUCUUCCUUUCUCUGCUUGAACAGGAGCAAAAUGUUGGCUAUUUCCUCAAGUGUUUCAGCCUCCUCUGAGAGUCUUUUGGUGGUAGAUGUGCACUCCAGACUGUCUUGUUGCCCUGUGACCUCAUGCUGCUGCACCUCUAGAAAAAGGGCACACAUUCAGCGGUAUUGUACAUUAUAGAAAAGUGAGGUUUGCAGGGUUAACUCAUGUACCUUUGCUGUUGAUUUUCCGCAUCAUGUCUUGGAAAAGCCUUAAUUUGUUGUUACUUGCGUUUGUG